UCCACGCAUGAGCCAAAACCAUAGACACAGUUGCGCAUGCGCGCAAAGAGUCGCGGAUCUGAACUCGGUCCGUCAUUUGAAGACAUCUCACCACACAGACAAACGCACAAGACUCUUAAAGCUCUGAAAAACACAACGCCCUCACGUGCCAUCUCUUAUUAUAGCCUAGCAGGUUAUUCUCCAUCCAUCUGAUGUGCUGCGCUUUUAAGAGCUUUGGGCACCGCCGCGUCUCUUCAUGUUGUUUCUCUGACUGAUCGGAAUCAUGAACAUCUGGACUCGAGCGUUACUUCUGGGUUCAUCUGAGAAAUCCGGCAGCUUUGUUUUAGUUCGGAAGAAAGACGUGUCGGUGUUUGGAGCGCGUUUCUGACCCUGCGCGUCCAUGCGCGAGGACGCGCACAGCCAGAGGAAUGACUGCUUCUAUUAAACUCCUAACAACUUUACUCGGAUGCUUUAUAGAGAUGCACAAGUACUUCAGUUUAACAGAAGCGAACGAGUAUGAAAGAGCAUCCGGACACGAAUAUUCAUCUACGAUGUCCCCAUCUGAUUUCCUGGAUAAACUCAUGGGAAAGACGUCAGGUUACGACGCACGCAUUAGACCCAACUUCAAAGGUCCUCCUGUAAACGUUACGUGCAAUAUUUUCAUCAACAGUUUUGGCUCUGUGGCAGAGACCACUAUGGACUACAGAGUCAAUAUCUUCUUAAGGCAGAAAUGGAACGACCCGCGAUUGGCCUACAGCGAAUAUCCGGACUCAUCCCUGGAUCUGGAUCCGUCCAUGCUGGACUCCAUCUGGAAACCCGACCUGUUCUUUGCAAAUGAGAAAGGAGCAAACUUUCAUGAUGUCACCACAGAUAACAAACUCUUGAGGAUCUUUAAGGAUGGGACAGUGCUGUACAGCAUCAGGUUGACAUUAAUAUUGUCGUGUCCGAUGGAUCUGAAGAACUUUCCCAUGGAUGUUCAGACCUGCACUAUGCAGCUGGAGAGCUUUGGUUACACAAUGAAUGACCUGAUAUUCGAGUGGCUUGAUAAAGGUCCGGUUCAGAUGGCUGAUGGUUUGACUUUACCACAGUUCAUCAUCAGAGAUGAGAAAGAUUUGGGUUACUGCACCAAACACUACAAUACAGGUAAGUUCACGUGUAUCGAGGUGAAGUUCCAGCUGGAGAGACAGAUGGGAUAUUAUCUCAUCCAGAUGUAUAUUCCCAGUCUGCUCAUUGUCAUCCUCUCAUGGGUCUCAUUCUGGAUCAACAUGGACGCAGCUCCGGCUCGGGUCGCGCUCGGCAUCACCACCGUCCUCACCAUGACGACCCAGAGUUCAGGCUCGAGAGCUUCACUGCCAAAGGUUUCCUAUGUGAAGGCCAUAGACAUCUGGAUGGCCGUAUGUCUGCUGUUUGUUUUCGCAGCUUUACUCGAAUACGCCGGCGUCAAUUUUGUCUCUAGACAACAGAAAGAGUUUCUGCGCUUAAAGCGAAGACAAAGACUAAAGCGGAAGGAGGACGAGUUACAAGAUGGCCGUUUGCACUUCACGGGUUACAACAUGACUUCAUGUGUCAAAGACGGAAAUGCGGUGAAAAGUCCCUCGACAAACAGCGUUCAGACGCCAGCGCUUCUGAAAGAAACCGAACCAAACAGACGGAAGUUUGUGGACAGAGCAAAGAGGAUUGACACUAUCUCACGAGCGGUGUUCCCGCUGGCUUUCCUCAUCUUUAAUAUCUUCUACUGGAUCACAUACAAGAUCAUCAGACAUGACAGCCCCAGGAAAGUCUAGUUGUGUUGUGUUGUGUUUGUUUGUUUCAUGAGAGUGUUGAGCUUUAGAAGUUCUGUAGAAAGACGUUUAGACACUUUUAUUUUCUGUCAGAGAUUAAAUGUCUUCUGGACUCUGUGGACAAACACCCGUCCCAUAUGACAGCAGGAGAUAUUGCGUAGCAAAAAGAAAAUAUAAGACAUUUAAGUAGAUUUACUGUCUUUAAAGGAUUACUCCACGUGACACCCCCAUGUCAUCCAAGAUGUUUAUGUCUUUCUUUGUUCAGUCAAAUUUUGUUUUGUUUUGUUUUUUAGGAAAAAAUUGGGUUUUUCUCCAUAUAGUGGACUUUAGAGGCAUAAGGGUCUUAUCUAGCAAAACGAUUGUCAUUUUCGCCAGAAAAAAGCACUUUUAAAUCACAAAUUCUUGUCUUGCGCUAGCCGUGUGAUGCACCAGCGCGACCUUGCGUAUUACAUAAUCACAUGACAUUGGGGUGAGUAAAUUUAUCAGAUUUUUUGUGAAAGUGGAAUAAUUCUUUAAAUAUACGGUGCAUGGUCCAACUGAACAGAGCUAAUGGUGAAAUGUGUUUUUCUACAUGUGAAAGAUAAUGAUCAAUGUUUUAUAUGAUUGUCUCUUAAUAGUUUUUAUGAAUUGUAUAGUAACUUUUUACUUUGAAGGUCAAGUAGCACAUUACAACAAAAACACAAGUUGAUCUCCAAUUAUUAAAUCUAUCACAAGACAUCUGUCAGUCAUAUUUCACCCCAAUAACCCAAAGACAAAACUGAUGUAGCACAACUAUAUUAUUAUUAUAAUAUUAUACAGAAUAUAUAAAUCAAGAAUAAACUGAGAAUAAAUAAUAAAAGCCAGAAGUCAAACUUACAUAUGCAUCAUGUUAUGACAGUUUAAGGGAAAUAUAGCCAAAUAAUGUCACUACUCAAUGACUCUUUCAUUCUAAACAUAGGCCUUAUUUUAUUUAUACUAUAUAUAAUUCAUUUCUUUUGAUUAAGGGGUGAAAUGUGAGCAGGCUUUGAGGAUUUGUUGGCAACGGUUAUUUUCUCAGCUCUGUUAUCUUGAGUGUUUUUAAAUGUUGACAGAUAAAAACAUGACUCUCUCUCAUAAGACUUCAGUAAUGAUGAUGUACUGUAGAUGUGAUAUCACUCAGAUGUUUCUAUUCAUUGUCUCAUGGUGGCUGUGAAGUUUGUUUGUUUGUUUUGCUAUCAAGCUAUUAAAUGCUGAAAAUGAAGAACACUU